AUGUAUGAAAUUGAUAUAUGCGCUCAAGACGCAAAAGAUGUUGUUUCUAGAGAUGCACUGGGGGAAGAAAUGCAUUUUGAUUUGUCAUACAUCCAUUCCAUGUGGUAUCUAUGCAGGCGCUGCAGGUAUAUUAGACAAAUGUUUAAAACAGAAUACAUACAGAACGAGAAACCGUUUAUAGAAAUAGUGGAUGAUGUGGCUAUUAUCAGGCCAUGCAGAAUAAGCCAAUGCUACGAUGUCUUAAAAAGGUCAGAAGACAUGAAAGACUGCAUCAAAGUGUGGUUUUCUCCAAAAAUUCACAUUAUGUUCAGCCAAAUAGAAAACAUUGGCUAUCACUACAGUUUGUAUUUCGACUUCUGCGGAUUUCUGAAAACCACACAGAGUAGCCCGAGAAUGUUGGAAAUAUACGAAGAAGUAAAUUUGUGCCAAACCAUGCAAAUUAGACUGAUAUAG